AUGUCAGCGUCGAGCUACACCGCUGUGAAACAUCGUAUCCAGCAGCAAUGGACAAUAAAUUUUGACAAAUUCUUCCAUGGAAUUUUCGCCAAAGAAGCAGGUGCAUUGCUCUCAUAUGAUCCAAACCUCCGCCUGCCACUUUGGCCUUCGGCCGACGAGGCUAGGAACCAGAUUUUGUCCAUUUGGGAUAAGGCGGAUAUCAUCAAGGUCAGCGACGUCGAGCUCGACUUCCUCACCGGCAGCGACAAAGUCGACUACGAAACUGCAAUGAAACUUUGGCGCCCAAACUUUACCCUGCUCUUGGUCACCCUUGGUGAAAGGGGUGACCGAUACUAGACCGAGAAAUUCCAUGGGGCAGUGGAUGCAUUCCAUGUCAAUACUAUCGACACAACCGGCGCCGGUGAUUCCUUCGUCGGUGCUUUGCUAUGCAAGAUCGUCGACGACCCUACCAUUCUCGAGGAUGAAUCAAGAUUAAGGGAAGUAUUGAGAUUUGCAAAUGCAUGUGGAGCCAUCACCACAACCAAAAAGGGAGCCAUCCCUGCACUUCCAACCGAAGCCGAUGCCCUUGCCUUAAUCAAUGCACCUUAGAGGCCUUCAAAUAUCUUCAUUUUCUCAUUGUUUUCUC